AUGUCAGAGAUGUCAUCAGGAGUUGUUUAUGAGAUUGCAUACAUGGCCAAAGACCAAUGGAUAGAGCUUGUUGGUAGCCGUUUUGAGGCCAAGGAAGGAGAGGCUGGAGAAGUUUGCUUUGAUCUUUAUGAACAUGGUGGACACUGGAAAAGUGGGCUAAUCGUCAAAGGCACUCAACAAAGUUGCGUGAAAAUUCAGGAAAUCUAG